AAUUUUUAAAAAUGGCAGAAAGGGGAGGGAACAAAAGGGCGAAGCAAAAUAAUUGAUUUGGUUCCUCGUUGCGAGAGGCGGGCUCAGAGACAAUGUUCACACAGCUGACCUGAGAUGGCCUUGAUGAAUUUAAAAUGUUUCCAAGUGUAUACUUCCAGAGUACACACAUGCAGACUGCUACUGACUGGAAGGAGAGUUAUAAACCGCUUUGGUCCAGAAAUGGGGCUGCUGUGCCGCUAUGGCUCUUCAGGCUUGCAAACGGCAUGUUCAGUGACCACUUUGCAGGGCGUGGCUUGUAGAAAUUAUCAUACGGAAUUGGGAAAUCCUCCCAGCUCCAUUAUGGGAGGGGUGAACCUCCAUGGAGAGGCAGGUAAUCGUUUCAAAUCAAGUACCAAACAGAUAGAGGAACAGGAGUUUUUGGAUGAGUUAAACAACUGCCUUUCAUACAAAGACAUUUUCAAAUGGGUGAGCUCUCUGGAGAGUUUAGCUGACACCACAGUGGCAGCUGUCUUCCAGCGACUGUGUGAUGUCGAAGUGGAGGACGGGAGGCUGAAGGAGGCCCAGGAACUAGCCGAGGAUGAAAUCUUCAGAUCACUUUGCUUUCAGCUGGAACAAGAAUCCCCAAACCUGUCCAACUCUGGUCUUGUGAAUUCACUAAACGCAUUGAUAAAAUUGCGUGUGGACCCGUGGAGUACCUUGAUGGUUCGUUUGAUAUCGGAGAGCCAGGAACGUCUUGAUAAGGUCCAGAUGACAAUCAAAGAUUUGUGUGUUCUUGCAGAAGGCUUAUUUGACCUUGAAGGCCCAGGCUGUGCAAUGCUGGAACAAAUUAUGGACCAGGUACAAAGUACAAACCUCGAGGACUGGAGGCCUGAUGAAAUGGCCAUGGUGUAUAGAGUCCUGCAGUUGGGUGUAGGGAAGAGACGGCAGUACCAAGACCUAUUAAACAAGAUGAACAAUUUAACUGUGAUUAAGGUUCCUGAGCUCAACCCCAAACUGACAAGCACAGUACUAAAUGCACUGGUUGUUCUUGAUCAAACCCAAGCGAUUCCCCUGGUGAUAAAGCUUUGUAAGUAUUCAAUACGCCACGUUCCCUGUUUCACAGAUGAUGAAAUUGUUCAUGUGCUGGAGGCUUUCAUUCAUUUCGGACACAAUGAUCCUUUCUUCACGGAAGCCCUAGAAAGGCAUGUUGCCAAAUGUGCCUUCACUAUGCACCCCAAGGCGGUCUCCAAAGUCAUGCAAUAUUGCGGCAGAAAGCACAUUCUCUCCAAAACCAUCUUUAAUGCAGUGGCGGAAAGUUUCAUUUACAACGCUGACAGUUUCACCACCGUGCAGAUUGCAGAACAGAUUGUCCCAUUUGGGAAACUCAAUUAUCUGCCACCAUGUGCGCCCUCUCUUUUCCGAAAACUGGAAAGGGUGCUCAGUGCCCGAUUUACACAGUUUCAGCCCCAUGUUCUGUUGAACCUGCUUCAUUCGUUCACCCUGGUUGAGCGCUAUCCACUGAAUUUUCUGGCAAAAGUAUUUAAUCCUUACUUUCUGCAGCAAUUGCAAGCCGAAGAACCUGGUUUGACAAGGUCUGUCUGUUCUCAGUUGACCCAGCUGUUUCUGACAGUUGCCGUGGAAUGUCCAUCCUAUAAGGGUCCCAAACUGCUUCCAAGAUACCGAGUCAAGUCCUUUCUCAAACCAGGCCGUUCGCUGGAGUCCUCUGUAGAUGUUCACCUCUACAACCAAGUCAAGGCUGGCCUGAUUGACCUCUUGGGGGCUCGGAUAUAUUUUGCCUCCCACGUGUUGUCCCCUUACUACUAUACCAUAGAUAUCGAGAUUAAACUUGAUGAAGAAGGGUUUGUGUUGCCUGCUACCCAGUACGAUGAGGUGAUCCAGAGAAUAGCUCUCUGUGUCGAUGAUCGAAAGAGAUUCUGCAUCAACAGUCAUCACCUCCUUGGAAAAGAAGCCAUUAAGAAAAGGCAUCUGAAGCUGCUUGGUUAUGAAGUAGUGCAGAUCCCAUUUUUUGAAUUUGAACUGCUGAACAACAAAAGUGACAUAGUGAAGUAUCUACACAAGAAAAUCUUCCCCAACUCCUACAGGCUCAGUUGGUGAUGCCAGCAGAAUCCAGACAAUAAAUAGUUUUAUUUU